CCCGCGGGGCAGAGCGCUGGUCCCGCGCCGAGCAUCGCCCUCGCUCCGUCUGCAGCCGCUUGUCUCCCAGCACCGCAGCCAUGGCAAACAAAGGCCCAGCCUAUGGCAUGAGCAGGGAUGUGCAGUCCAAGAUCGAGAAGAAGUACGAUGAUGAGCUGGAGGACCGGCUGGUGGAGUGGAUCGUGGCACAGUGCGGGUCCACCGUGGGUCGCCCCGAGCGGGGCCGCCUGGGCUUCCAGGUCUGGCUGAAGAACGGCAUCGUGCUCAGCAGGCUGGUGAACAGCCUCUACCCUGACGGCUCCAAGCCCGUCAAGAUCCCCGACGCGCCGCCCACCAUGGUCUUCAAGCAGAUGGAGCAGAUUGCCCAGUUCCUGAAGGCGGCCGAGGACUACGGUGUGACCAAGACAGACAUGUUCCAGACCGUCGACCUCUUUGAAGCCAAGGACAUGGCAGCGGUGCAGAGGACGCUGAUGGCCCUGGGGAGCCUGGCGGUCACCAAGAAUGAUGGCAACUACCACGGGGACCCCAACUGGUUCAUGAAGAAGGCGCAGGAGCACAAGCGGGAGUUCACCGAGAGCCAGCUGAAGGAGGGCAAGAACAUCAUCGGGCUACAGAUGGGGACCAACAAGGGGGCGUCACAGGCGGGGAUGAGCUACGGCCGGCCCCGGCAGAUCAUCAGCUAGGCACCCCCCCGCCGCCCCCAGCCCUCCCCAGCCGGGACCUCCGUCUCCGCUUCCCCCCCGGCCCAGCGCCGCAGCCGCCCGAGCGUCGGCGGCCGCCACCAGCCCCGCACCGAUUGGUAUUUAUUGAGGAGCAAACGCCCCCAAACGCCAGCCAACAACGCCCCAGCGCCAGCGGCCGCACGCGCCCCGCAGAGCCCCCCGCCCCGGGGCCGCAG